CCAAUGUGUGGAUGACUGGAUGUGUAAAGCGCUUUGGGGUCCUUAGGGACUAAGCAAAGCACUAUACAAAUACAGGCCAUUUACCAUUUAACCAGCACCAGAAUGCAUGAGCAGAUCACCCCUGUCCUCGCUAAACUACACUGGCUUCCCAUCAAAUAUCGCAUUAAUUUCAAACUGCUGCUCACUUUUAAAAUUCUAAAUAACCUGGCCCCUAGCUACCUAACUGAUCUGCUUGAUCUGUACAACCCAAAGAGAGCACUAAGAUCCUCCAGCCAACUGCUCCUAAUGUAAUCAGUGGUCUCGUUUAAAAACCAGAGGUGACCGUGCUUUUGCCAUCGCUGCCCCUGGACUCUGGAAAAAUCUCCCAGUGGAAAUCUGUCCAUCGGAAUCAAUUCAGUCGUUCAAAUCCCGUUUGAAAACACACUUGUUCAACUUAGCUUUUGAAAACAAUUAGUGUGACUUUCAUUCGGCCUGCACUACACCAUGUAAAUGCAAUUUUAAGUAUAAUUGUACUAUUUGUUCUGCCCGCAUUGCAGUUUUAUCGUGAAGCACUUUGAUGUACACUGGUCUUUUAAAUGUGCUAUAUAAAUAAACUUUGACUUGACAUGACCUCAGACUGAGGAACAGAAAGCAUCAGCAGGUCAGAGACUCGGGGUCAGAAACCAGGUCACUGCGUAUGGUCUAACAGGAAGUUACAUCGCCACACGGCUUUCUGCGUUCCCUGCGGUCAUGUGACCUUGGUAACUGAUGUCAACAUCCCCAAGGAGUCAUGGUUUCCGCUGUGUGACCUAAUGAGCUCCACGAGAAAAUGUGAGGAAGUCGACCACAUCAGGCCUGAUUGAUGAGGAUGCUUCAACGCGGGCGCCUCGGCUCGCCAUUUAGGUUCCUCGGACUGCGACUCAAAAACUCCAGAGGAGACGCUGCUGUGGACCAAAGUUGACUCUAGUUCAUCAGAAGAGGAUGUUUUUGUAUCUUACCUGUUUAAGCUUUAAAGUUUGUAGCAUUAGGGGCGUGGCCUCUUUGACGUACAGGCGGCACAGAAACUGAUGUCUCACUGAGAUUUUUCUUUUUCACUCACAUGAGCUCGGGCGCUCGCUCUGGAGUAUUUAGUGUGAGCUCGCCUGUCCACUGUGGGCUGAGAACCAGCUGCUGUCUGUACCCACACACAUGGGAUGAAUGAGUAUACGUAUCUAGUAACCUGCAUACGUCUCAUCAUUCUCACAUUCCUGCUCUUAUAUUUGGUUGUUUCUUGCAUUUUGCAGCUGUUGCUUGUGAAGCUGGCACACAAGAAUUUCACUCACAUGUGCUGUGACAAUAAAACUCUUUGAUUUGAUUACAGAGAAAAGCAGCAGAAACAUCUGAGCUGAACAGGCACUGAUUUGAUCUUUGAGUGGCCUGUGACCUCUGACCUCCUGACUGUUAGGAGGUCUUUCUCAGUCCAGCCUCUGGAGCUGUGAACUUAGUUCUGUCUACAAAUGCACCAAAACCUCCAAAUAAUUACCUUCUAAUAUAUCGUGUCUUUCAAGGCCUCGAUGUAAUCGGGACCAGUCAUGUUCUACCUUUAUGCCGUCCGGCUGACCAGUCACGAUCAGUGGUGACAGAAUCGACUAAUAGGAAUCCACCCUGAAAAACCUCCCUCCUCGUGUUGAGCUACAGAAGCAGAAUCACCAGCUGCUGCGUCGCAUCAUGUGUGUGUUUGUAGGUCUGAUUUCAUCCUGUUUAUUUCUGUUUUUCCAGUUUGAUACCAAGCCGGUCCUGUUGAGGGUAAGUUUCCAUCUUUUGUACUUCCUGAAUGCGUAAUAGCGGGAGGCGUGUCCUGGUGCAUGUGCUGAUAGAUAUUUGUGGUUGUUCCUCAGAGUCUGAAGUGGAUCAUCAGUCAGCCUUCCCGUUUCUAUAAAAAUCUAGAUGUGCGUAUCAAGGUGUCUGCGAUGUGUGGGCGUGUCUCUAGUUCCCAUGGCGAUUGUCUGCAUACUGUGCAACAUCCUGCUACUGGUUCCUGAGCUGAAGAUCCAGUUCCUGUUGGACGGUCAUGUGACUAGAGAGGCUACCUGGGCCACAGGACUGUGGGGCUCUGGCUUCCUGGUUCUACUUGGAGCUCGAGCCUUUGUCCAGAGCAGCAGAACCCGAGGCUGCUGUGCGUUCAGGAGUCAGAUGUUGUGCCAGCUGCUUUACUCCUGCCUGUGUCUGCUCUCUGCUGCCUCCUGCUCCCUGGUCAGUGCCACUGGUCUGUCUCAGGGUCCCCUCUGCCUCUACAACGACUCCUCUGGUCCCACCUGGGGGGUCCCGCUGCAGCCCCUCCCAGGCCGACACUCGGGAUACCUGUUCAACAGGACUCUGUGGUCUGGGGUCUGCUUGGAGCCCAGCUCGGUGGUCCAGUGGAACUUGGUCCUGUUCAGUGUGAUGGGGACUGUGAGCGGACUGCAGACGGUCCUCUGUGGGGCCAACAUCCUGAACUCCAUACUUGGCCUGAUUCUGGGCCGGGGCCUCUCCCACAGUAAGAUCAGUCCAGUUUCAGUUUGACGUGAGUUCGAUCCUGGGAGCUCCAACUGUGAUACACAGAAUUAAAAUUAAAAGUCUUUCACUGAUGCACUUUAGAUAAUCAAUAGCAUGAAGAUCAAUAACUUGAAAUACCUCGACCUUACGCAGGAUUGCAGUACAUGUACCUUUUAAUAAUUAUUUAUUUAUUUUCCUGAAUAAAACUAUUCAAACAUCCAGUUAAGCUAAAUAAUCAAUAAUAAAAUAAUAUCCUCGUGCUUAAUAAGAGCUUCAACAAAUUCAAAUGUUUGGUUAAAAAAAAACAACUAAAUCAUUGAUUUUUGUUUUCAAAGUUAAACUCUGAUUUUUAUUGAUUAUGUUGUUUACUGAUCAUUUUAUUAAACUUUUUAUUUUUUAAAUUUAUUUAUUUUGAUUAGCAUUCAGAUAUCUCAGUGUAUACAGAAUAAAGAUCUACCACAAAGAAAGCACGAGACAAGGCUAAUCAACAGUUAUUGGCUGAAGCAUACGCUUAUGCUGUUUGUGUUUUUGUGAUAAUCCAUAAAAACAAAUAAAACUAAAAGUGUUAAAGAUGUUGUGGUUUUAGUUGCAGAGUUAAUAUCUGCAGAUGUCACAGUUCUGAUUACACUGAUCAUUCAGAUAAUAACAACACAGCGCAAACAACAACGCUCUGUAUUUAUUCAUGUGUUUGUGGAGUUUGCAGUGUGAUGUUUCGAGGUUUUGCUCCAUGUGGAUGAUGGUCCAGUGUGGCGUCUUUGAACCCUGAGCCAUCCUGUUCUGUCUCAGUCUGUUUUAUCUGCAAGCUUGCAGCACAUAAAGCUGAGUUUUCCUCCUGUAUUUGGGUGCAUUAUGACUCCAACUCCAACCUGUCUGGGGGUUUUGCAGGACUGUGUUGCUGACAUAAAGUUGUGGUUGGUGCUCAGCUUUUUAAACUUGAAUGCACCAACAAACACUAUUACACUAUUCAGACUCUCGCUCCUCUUUUAAGGACGACCUUGGCCCUGAAUGUCAAGGUGACCUCAGAUGAAGCAGGGCUCAGACGCACAGCUCCAAGUGAACUCCACUGCAUUAAUGUGUGAGUGAGCCAGAGGUCACACCCUGACUACGCACGUAGACAAGUACCAUACACACACACGUGCGAUGGAUCAUGGCUCAGGUUUCUUUUUUAAUCAUGUGACAAACAGGAAGUAGAGCCGUGAGGAUGAAAGUGGAGUCAGACUCGGGUUCAGCAGCUAAAUGCAGCGGCUGUUUCAGAGCCACGUCUGCAGUGUGAAAUGCAGACACGAGUGAGGCCCACACUCCCUGUGACGGCAGGCUCUGCUGAGGCAGGUGGGCUGGUUAAUGGGUUGUGAGGGUGGAGUUAAAAUGGGGUUGUCUUCCUGAUCUGACUGUAGGUGGUGUGUUUGAGGUCAGGGUCAGUCCAGUUACGCUUGCCGUCUCAGUGUAGCGCCUUGUGUGUGUGUCCACGUGUCUUGUUUCCCCGCUUUGUUCCCAUGUUCUCCUUGUGUUCAGCGUCAUGUCUCCCAGCCCAUUGUGUCCUCUGUACGUGUUCCGUAGUUUGAUCCGUGUCUCGUCUCCCAUUGUCACUUCCCUGUUCACUUGUUUAGUCCGAGUGUCUUACUCUGCCUAUUUCCUGUUUUAUUUUGACAGUCCCGUGUUCCAUGUUCGGUGUGUUUAAUUUUGCUUCCCCUGUGGAGUCAUGUUCAUCUGUCAGCUGGUUCCAUCGGUACCUUUCUGUGUAUUUACGCCCUCUGUCUCCCUCUGCUGGUCGUCUGAUCAUCUGCUAAGCUCCUCGUGUCUCAUAUCUAUUUCCUAGUGUUCCUGGUUUUCAUGUAUUUAUUUUCCCAGUUUAGGUUUUUGCGAUUAGUUUCUCUUUUUCGUGUGUGGUUCAUGUUUUCGGCCAUAAUAAAAGACACGUUUUCUGUUCAGAUCAA